UACAUACUUGCAGCAGACACAGCAGACAAUGUGUGACUGCGUGUGUGUUAAGUGUUUGCCAUUUUCAGUAAUAUUCUGAAAGUUUUAUUUAUAAAUUUUACAAUUAAAUUUGCUUUGUUAUUUAAAAUAAAUUAUAUCAUCAAAAUAAAUAAUAAAUAUAAUAUUAUUUGAAUAUUUCCAUCAAUUCUACAUCUGCUCUAUUUACAUUUGAUUACAUUCGACAAUCAAAUUUCGGAGUAGCAACAAAAAUAAAAUUAAAUAUUUAACCUUAACCACAAAAUUCAUAAAAAAAAAAAUAUUGUUAAAUGUUCAAAAUAAAUGACUUGUAGUUAAAUAAUAAAAAUAUAUAGCUCUAUUUUUUUGUUUAAAUAAUAAAGAAGACAAAAAUGACCAGAAAGUGUGUAAUGUGUCAAGAAACAAAUUACAAAACAAAAUACAGUUUUUUCUCGGCGCCAAAAGAUGCUGAAACACGUAAAAAAUGGAAAGAUGCAAUUGGAAAUCCAGAAUAUACUGUUUGUGAUGAAACAUAUGUUUGUAGUAAACAUUUUUCUGAUCGUGAUAUAAUAUCACAUUGGGCAAGUGGUACACCACCUCAUGUUGUGACAAUUAAAUAUAAAAAAUGUCGUCUAAGACCUGGUGCAGUACCAACAGCAAGUAAAAAUAGAAAAAAAUAUAAUGUAUCAACGAAAAAAAAAAAAAAUCAACAAGAUGAUGAAGAAGAAGAAGAAGAUGAAGAUGAAAUAAUGGAAAGAAAAACAGAUGAUGAAGAAGAACAUGAUUUUGAAGUUAAUAAAGAUUUUGAAACAAGAAAACCAACAACAAUUACAAGAAAUAACAAGAAUAAAUCAUUCCAAAUACCACGUACAUAUGUAAACAGUGAUAAUAAUAAAUUAAAAUUAAAUAAUCAGUCAAGUAUUGAAUUUCAUGAUUUGAAAAAUGGAAUAAUAACAUCACAACGUGGUGAUAAUUGUGAAGAAGAAAUGAUAAUAAGUGAACAGCUAGAUAAUAAUUUAGAUGAUGAUGAUGAUGAUAAUGAUAAUGAAGAUGGAGAAGAACGAGCAUUUUAUAUUAACACUGGUGAUUGCCAACAGCUGUAUUAUAUCAAAACAAUUGAUGAAAAUUCUAAAACAAAUUUUACUGAGGAUGAUGCUGUAAAUGAUGAUAAUUCCAAAGAAAUAACAGUUGAAACAAAUCCAUUGAUUGACGACGAAAACAUUGACUAUAAUAAUGUUGAAAGUUAUGAGUAUCAUUCACAAGGUGGUGAUGACGAUGAUGACGAUGAAAUAAUUGAAGAAAUUGAACAAGAUAUUGAUGAUGGUGAUAACAUGGCAAUUUGGGAACAUAUUAAGACUGAAAAAAAUAAUUUAUUAUCAAAAAAUAAUGAAGACAAUGGUGAAACAAUGGAAACUUGUACAUCAACUGAUCCACUUGAAUUAAAUGAUGCAUAUGAUGAUGAAGAAGUCAUGUUGUUUGAAGAUUUACUUGAUAAUUAUACUGAGGUAAUGUUGCCAAAAGGCUGGAGUAGUCUUGUUGAAUCAAGAGGAAAUGAUACAUCAAUAAUAUAUGCAUUUAUGAAAACAUCAAUGAAUGGCAUACCAUGGAUUCAAAAACAAGUAUUUAUACAAAGUGAUAUGUUGAUGAGAUGCUCAGCUGCUGGAAAAGAACUUAAUCCAAAAAUUCAUAAUUUAAUUAAAGAAAAAAAACGUGUUAAAGUACAUAAUGUUGAUGAUGUUACUGAUCUUCUAAGAGAAUUUGAUAGUAGAACAAUUUGUCAAGGUACAUUUGAAAAUAUAAGUCCAGCUCAUAUGGACAACUCAAUUGGAUAUCGUGAUGGUAUAAAUUGGCGUCAUGUUAAUUGUCCAAUAAUAAUAAAUAAUGGUAAAACACGCUGUACAAAAUGUAGCUCAUUAAAUAUAAUAGCUAAACGUAAAAAAUCAAAAUUACCACAAGCUGCUGAAUCAGCUGAAUUAUUGAAUAAAGAUCGUCAAAUAUUUAUACUACAAAAAUUAUUAAAAGAAAAGACAUUACAUAAUAAUGAUAAACAUGAUGGUAAAAAUAAUGAAAAGAAAAUGAUGAUCAAUAAUCAUAAAUCAAUGUUAAAAUAUUUGGAUAAUAUUGAUAUACCAAAUGUACAAAAAGUUAUGAUCAAAGAAUGCCUAAAAGUACCACUAUUUAAAGAUACAACAAUUGAACAUUCUGAAUCUUGGAUAUUUUUAUCAUUACGUAUUUACAUGGAAUCACAAAGAAUAUACAAAUAUUUAUUGCACAACAAGUACAUCAAAUUACCAAGUGUCAAAAUAAUGAAAAGAUAUUUAAAUCAAAUUAAAACAGAUAUUCAAUUUUAUAAAUUAUUUAAAAAAUCAAUUGAAAAAUAUGGAUAUAGUGAAGAACAACUUGGUGAACCAUCAUAAAACAACAACAACAAAUUAACUAUUCUUUUUUUUUUUUCCUUCAAUUGAUUUUUAAAAAAAUAUAUAUAUACAUAUUCUAUAUAUAGCUUUUAUAAAUAAUUAUAAAAAAAACAUUGUACAACAUUUAAAAUGUUAAAUUUUUUAAAAAUGGCAUUAAAAAAAAAGUUAAAUUAAUUUAUUUAGAAUGAUGAUUAUUUUUUAUGUUUGUGAUUAUUAAUUAUUGAUAAUAUGAUGAGAAAAAAAAAUGUUUAUAAUUAUAAACUAUAUUUAACAAAA